GUGGUACGGAAAUGGCGGAGGCAUUUUCCUACACCUUUAACGCGCUUAUGUUCCGGGAAGUUACGUCUGUGAACGCUAUAACUCCUUUUUAUCGUAUUAAAUGAAAAUAUCACACCAAAAUAAAUUCAUAGUAGUGUCUAUAACCACAGACAACCGCAUAUAUUUGAUCAUUAUGUUGCCUUUCUCGUGGUCACGUACUGUUGUUUUUUUACUUAUAACUGUAUUUAAUGUCGGCAUAGCGAAGAAAAGAAAUUUGCUGCUUAUAAUUGCUGAUGAUGCAGGUUUUGAAAGUGAAAUUUUCAACAAUACAGCAAUUCAGACCCCUCAUCUUAGCAGCCUUGCCAAACGCAGUGUUAUCUUCAAGAAUGCCUUCACAUCUGUUAGCAGUUGUUCACCCAGCCGUUCUGCCAUCUUGUCUGGAUUGCCCCAACAUCAGAAUGGAAUGUAUGGUCUCCAUCAGGAUGUUCACCAUUUUAAUUCAUUUGAUGAAGUCAGGAGUUUGCCUUUGUUGCUCACCCAAUCAAACAUCCGCACAGGUAUAAUUGGGAAGAAACAUGUUGGACCAGAAACUGUUUAUCCAUUUGACUUUGCACACACUGAGGAGAACAGUUCAGUUCUACAAGUGGGCAGGAAUAUUACCAGAAUUAAAUUGCUGGUCAGGCAGUUCUUACAGGCUAAGGAUGAUCGUGCCUUUUUCCUUUAUGUUGCAUUCCAUGAUCCACACCGUUGUGGUCAUUCUCAGCCUCAAUAUGGAGCCUUCUGUGAGAAGUUUGGAAAUGGAGAAACUGGAAUGGGUUGGAUCCCAGACUGGAAACCUCAGUACUAUACCCCAGAACAGGUUAAGGUCCCAUAUUUUGUUCCUGAUACCCCAGCUGCCAGAGAUGACCUAGCUGCACAGUAUACGACAGUAAGCAGACUUGAUCAAGGAAUAGGCUUAGUUCUCAAAGAGCUGGCAGAUGCUGGAUUUGAAAAUGACACACUGGUUAUCUACAGCUCUGACAAUGGAAUACCUUUCCCUAAUGGGAGGACAAAUUUGUACUGGUCUGGAACAGCAGAGCCAAUGCUUAUCUCUUCACCUGAGCACACCCAACGUUGGGGACAAGUAAGCCAAAGUUUUGUCAGCUUAUUAGACAUCACUCCUACAAUUCUGGAUUGGUUUUCUAUUCCUUAUCCUGCAUACAGCAUUUUUGGAAAAGAUAAACUAGUUCAUCUUACUGGAAAAUCUUUGCUAGAUGCCCUUGUAAAGGAACAGCCAUGGAAUACAGUGUUUUUCAGUCAGAACCAUCAUGAAGUCACCAUGUACUACCCAAUGAGAGCUAUACUUAGUGGCCAAUACCAUCUUAUCCACAAUAUGAAUUUUAAAAUGCCUUUCUCGAUUGACCAGGACUUCUAUGUGUCGCCAACCUUCCAGGAUCUCCUAAACAGGACACAGUGUGGAAAUCAAACACAUUGGUUCAAAAACCUACAAGAGUAUUACUAUAGGGAACGAUGGGAACUAUAUGACACUUCCAGUGAUGCCUGGGAGCUCAAGAAUUUAGCAUCUGAUCCUGCUUAUAGGCCACUGUUUGAGAAUCUUAAAGCGCAGAUUACAAAAUGGCAGUGGAUGACUUAUGACCCCUGGGUGUGUUCACCAGAUGGGGUUCUGGAGACAAAGCUUGAUCCGCAAUGUAGACCACUUUUCAACGGAUUACAGCCGUGAAUCAACAGUGGUAGCAAUGAGAUUAAUGUUAUGAAAGAGGACUUUUAUUCAACUUUUAAUAUUCUUUAUGUAUUCCGGUUAUUUUUCCUGUUGUACACCAUUGUUUUCACGUAGUGGUUAACAUAGUGUACAUGUAUAAACAGAGAUUAAAUAAAACACUCAAUUUUGAGAGUGGAAAGCCAAUUUAAUAUGUCAUAACUCAUGGAGUGUACUUUUACUGUAAUGAUUUCUGCUUUCACAAAAUACUUUUCAAUUGUAAACCUUUUAUCUUUAAGAAGAUUGUAGAGUCAUUGCUGUAUUAAACUGUUAAAGAUGAAUGAAAAAUUAUCAAUGAGUUCUUUCACAGUUAUGUUUUUUAUUAUUUGAUAGUGUUGCUUUAAGUAGCUGUUCUGCUUUCAGGAAACUUGUAUUUUAUUAUUUUCCACCAGCAAUUGAAAUUCUAAUUAAUAAAAGUGCUUUUUAAU